GACUCUUCUGAACCUGACACUGGAGACUCUUCUGAACCUGACACUGAAGACAGUGCUGAUUGGAAGGAGACCAGAGAAUCUGCUUCAGCCUCAAAAUCACUGAAAAAUAGACAAGAAUCUCUCAGUGAUUCAAGCCGUAGUGCUGUAAAGAAACAAUUUGGCUGCUCUGUGUGUACGAAAUAUUUUGCAUUAAGUCAAACUUUAAAAAAACACAUGAGAAUCCACACAGGAGAGAAACCAUACAGAUGCUCAGUCUGUAAGAAAUGUUUUUCACAGAGUGGAAGUGUAAAGACACACAUGAGAAUCCACACAGGAGAGAAACCCUUUAGCUGCUCGGUUUGUACCAAAUAUUUUGCAUUUAGUAACGGUUUAAAAAACCACAUGAGAAUCCACACAGGAGAGAAACCCUUUAGCUGCUCGGUUUGUACCAAAUCUUUUGCAUUGAAUCAAAGUUUAAAAGGACACAUGAUAAUCCACACAGGAGAGAAACCCUUUAGCUGCUCGAUUUGUACCAAAUCUUUUUCAUUGAGUCGAGUUUUAAAGAAUCACAUGAGAAUCCACACAGGAGAGAAACCCUUUAGCUGCUCGGUUUGUACCAAAUCUUUUGCAUUGAGUCAAAGUUUAAAAAAACACAUGACAAUCCACACAGGAGAGAAACCCUUUAGCUGCUCGGUUUGUACCAAAUCUUUUGCAUUGAAUCAAAGUUUAAAAGAACACAUGAUAAUCCACACAGGAGAGAAACCAUACAGUUGCUCAGUCUGUAAGAAAGCUUUUUCACAGAGUAGAGUUUUGAAGACACACAUGAGAGUCCACACAGGAGAGGAAAUAUACAGCUGCAAUGUUUGUGACAAAAGAUUUAAAUGGCAUGGGGUUUUCAAAAGACACAAGUGUGUUGGUCGUCAGUCCUCACAGCUUAAUGAAAUUCAAACUGAGGAUAACGGAGAGGCAGAGCCUCCAAUCAGCAGCUCAGCUGAACACAUGGAAACAGAAGCUGAUGGAGGACAAUGAAUAAGUCUUAUGACAGUUCACACAUGAGAAAAAUCUGUCUGACUUGAUUAACAUUGUUGCACAACAUUCAUAUAAGACUUAAAUGAACUCCAUCUUUAUCAACAUAAGUGGACAAUAUGUUUAAUGUUUUUGUCAUACUGAUUUUCUGAUUUAUACGUUAACCACUGACUGUUUUUAAAAAGCAUAACAUUUGCUUUGCAGAUGAUUUGCAGGUAUACCUGCCUAUAAAAGCAAAUAAGGAAUCUAGGAUUGCCUUGCUUAGCUGUCUGAAAGACAUAAAAUCAUGGAUGGAAAUCAACUUCUUGACUCAACGAAAACAAGACAGAGAUUUUAAUAUUUGGACAGUGUGAACUCCUGGAUGGCUUUUAAUAGAGGCAUAGCCUUCAAUCAGCUGAACACAUGGAAACAAGCUGAUGGAGAGGACAAUGAAUAAGUCUUAAAGGGCCCAUGUCAUGG